AUGGAGUCUGGAGUUGCCAUCGACGUGGCUGCAGAAGCCCACUCCGUGCUUCAGAUCCAAGUGCAGCUGGAGGCCGGGGGCUGGUUAGUUAGUUGCUUAGCUCAAGCUUCUGGCUCCUGGACCCAGAUUUCUGCUGACAGCCCCAGUCCAGCUGGUGGGACCGGAUCUGGGGUGUGGACCAGGGGUGGACCGCUGCCCAGACCUGCCCUCUCAGGCCUGCUGCAAGGGGCACUGGGACCCUGCUGGGCGCGGGUGAGGCUAACAGCUGGGGGAGCUGCUGCCUUGGCACCUCAGAUCCUGGCUGGGAAAGGCAAGUCCGGCCAGUGGGGGCAGGGCCAGGGCUCCUGGAAUCUGGAUCUGCAGGCCCAGUUGGAGGCGCUCCACGCCCCAUGUCACCUGGAGAAAAACUGGACCCACUUCCUGACCCCUUCAUCCUGCAGCCGCCAGUCUUCCACCCGGGACAUUUCACGUCAGAGCACCCAGCGACGCCAGGCACGUUCGUGCGGAUUCAGUGCUGCUGAGCUCUCUGUCUGUCCGUCCUUCCAGGUGAGUGUGAACGGACAACACUUUCUCCACUACCGCUACCGGCUCCCGCUGUCUCGUGUGGACACCCUGGGCAUAUUUGGUGACAUCCUGGUGAAGGCCAUUGGAUUCCUGAACAUCAACCCCUUUGCAGAGGGCGGCAGCGAGUACCCGGUUGGAUACCCUUUCCUGCUGAAGAGCCCCAGCCUGGAGCUGCCCUGCUCGCGUGCCCUCCCCCGGGGUCUCUGGCCCGGACAGGUCAUCGUACUGCGGGGGCUGGUCCUGCCGGAGCCAAAGGACUUCACAUUGAGCCUGCGGGACGAGGCGGCUCACGUGCCUGUGACGCUCAGGGCUUCCUUCGCAGACAGAACCCUGGCCUGGAUCUCGCCCUGGGGCUGCAAGAAGCUGAUCUCAGCCCCCUUCCUCUUCUACCCGAAGCGAUUCUUCGAGGUGCUUCUCCUGUGCCAGGAGGGAGGGCUGAAGCUGGCGCUCAACGGACAGGGCCUGGGGGCCACCAGCCUGCGGCAGCGGACCCUGGAGCGGCUGCGGGAGCUCCGAAUCAGCGGCAGCGUCCAGCUCUACUGCGUCCACUACUGAGGAGUGAGCCGGGGACCCCGCCAGGGAAGGGAGGGGCCCACCCAGGCCCGGCGCCCCUCGGUGCGGCUCCUCUCUCCUCCCUUCCUGGAACCGUGUGCCUGUCACCACCACGAGUCUGCAGGGCCUUUGGGCCCCACAG